AACAGCUGCACACAAAGAGGAAAUCUGGGCCGACUUCUCACGCCCGAGCAUCCGGCCCGCCCACUCAGAGCAGCCUCUCCCGGCGUCUCCCUCCGCGGCUACGGAAGUGCGUCCCGGCGAAGCCGCCCCAGUGGCUCCAAACAGUGGGGCUGGACACAGGGCCGGUGGCCUAAAAGGAGUGCUGAAUUUUUGCUGCACAUGCUUAAGAAUGCAGAGAGUAAUGCUGAACUUAAGGGUCUAGAUGUGGAUUCUCUAGUCAUUGAACACAUGCAAGUGAACAAAGCACCUAAGAUGCGCCGACGGACUUACAGAGCUCAUGGCCGGAUUAACCCAUACAUGAGCUCCCCCUGCCACAUCGAGAUGAUCCUCACUGAAAAGGAACAAAUUGUUCCAAAGCCAGAAGAGGAGGUUGCGCAGAAGAAGAUAUCCCAGAAGAAACUGAAGAAACAAAAACUUAUGGCACGGGAAUAAAUUCCACAUAAAAUAAA